AUGUCAAACAUUUAUAACCAUAGACAGAUAAUCCCUACACCACAGGGAGCGACGAAUCGAAUAACCGAGCUCUUUGAAGCUCUGAAAAGUGAAUACGAUAAUCUUCAGCAAGAAGCUGUCUCUUAUAAAAUGCAGAGAGAUGACUUUGAGCAUAAAGUUCAACAACAAAUGGAAGAAGUGAAUUUGAUUCGACAAGGAUUGUUUGAUCUACAAGCCACUCAACAGCAAAUAAAACAAAAAUAUGAUAGUGAAAUAAUGCGACUUAAUCGCGAUUUAGAACAACAACGUUUGCAUCCUCACCAAUCUACAAGUGGAGCUCAUCAACAAGCACCGUCUCAUCCUCCCCCACAACCUCCAAAUAUCGGUCAAGGUCAAUCAAACUUAUUCGGCGGAAUUAUGAGUGGUGGUGGUCAAACAGGUCUCGUCGCUCCUCCACAGAUGUCUCUAGAUCCUUCUCAACAGCAACAGCCACCGCCUACAUCUCAUCCUGGUUAUCCUGGUCCAAGUGGACCAUCACCAAAUGUUCCACAAGUUGGAAGCAGUUCUGCUCAACCACCAUAUUUAAAUGGCGGAGUUCCACCAAAUUCAUUAUCGCAAUCUCAACACACCAGUAAACGUCCAAGACUUGAAGAUGUUUCUAGUAAUGGCCCUCCAUUGCUCAAUAUUUCACAACCAUCUUCGCAAACUCAAAAUUCAUUAUAUCCAAGCAAUGGUCUAUCUCAACCUGCACCGAAUCAACCAGGACAACAAGGCGGUGGUAGUGGCAGUGGAUACAUCUCGAAUGUAGGACCGAGCAGCAAAUCUGGACCUAAAAUGACAAAGGUUACUCAAAAUCUUGGCCCAGAAGGUCCUCAACCAUCAAGCGUCCCACAAAAUGGAGGUCCACCUUCUUCAGUAAGCAAACGAAAGAAUAAUCCAAAUUCUAAUGCUUCGAGUGUUCAAGGAUCUCGUCCACCACAAAUAAAACAGAGUUCAGUAGGGGCAACCAGCGGAUUAGGUGAUAUGGAUCCCGAUGCAAUUUCACCUGCUUUCAAAAAAGAAGGACAGGAUUGGUUUGCAAUUUUCAAUCCAAAAGUGCAUAGGCUUCUUGAUGUUGACUUAGUACACACGCUGGAUCAUAAUAGUGUUGUCUGCUGUGUAAAAUUCAGUGCUGAUGGACGAUUCCUGGCAACUGGUUGUAAUCGUAGUGCUCAAAUCUAUGAUGUACAGACUGGCUCAAAAAUGAGUGUUCUUGCGGAUGACAAUGUCGAUAAAACUGGAGAUCUAUACAUUCGAAGUGUUUGUUUUAGUCCCGAUGGCAAAUAUCUAGCAACAGGAGCAGAAGAUAAACAAAUAAGAAUUUGGGACAUAGCGACACAAAAAAUCCGAAAUAUGUUCCAAGGACACGAGCAAGAUAUCUAUUCUCUAGAUUUCUCAAGAGACGGUCGAUAUAUCGUGUCAGGCUCAGGAGAUAAGACUGCUCGAGUCUGGGAUAUGUUAUCGGGCGAAGAGUUAUUCAAGUUAACGAUCGAAGAGGCCAGUCAAAAGGACGCUGGUGUCACAAGUGUGGCAAUUAGUCCAGAUGGUCAAUACGUCGCUGCUGGCUCGCUCGACAAAAUUGUACGCGUCUGGGAUGCUCGAUCCGGCUAUCAGUUAGAACGCUUGGAAGGACACAAGGACAGUGUUUAUUCUGUUGCUUUCUCACCCGAUGGUAAAACACUCGUUUCUGGUAGCUUAGAUAAAACUUUACGCUUGUGGGACAUGAGUCAUCCUGGACGAAAUAGUGGAUCUUCAAAUUCAAAGAGUCACAAAAUGACAUUCACAGGACAUAAAGACUUUGUGUUAUCAGUAGCUGUUUCUCCAGAUGGUCGCUGGGUAGUAUCAGGAUCCAAAGAUCGCGGUGUACAAUUCUGGGAUCCUAAUACCGCACAAACACAAUUCAUGUUACAGGGUCACAAAAAUUCAGUCAUUUCGGUGGCGUUAAGUCCGGUUGGUAAACUUUUUGCCACUGGGUCAGGUGAUUGUCGAGCAAGAGUAUGGAG